UCAUAUCAACACCUUCUGCAGCUCUCCUCUGCCCUCUCCUGUUCUGUUCAGUCAUCAGUGCAAGUCCAACUAGCAUUCUCCACUGGAAAGCCGGCGGGCGGAGUCAACCAACAACUAAACGGCGCGGAGACUCGCCGUGAUCUCCGUGUCUCAUGGGGUCUCUCUCCCUUGCUUCCAUUACUGACCCCAGGACCAUCUCUCCGUCUUCCUAUUCUUCUCCUUCUCUUCAGAUUCCUCGACAUCUUGCCCAUUCAAAUGGCUUCUUUCCGUUCUCAAGCACCGGGUUUCUCGGCAGAAUCACGAGCACGGGUCCGGUUCGCGCCGAAAUGGUGAAACAGACUGCAUCGGCAAUCGAUUUCAGUGAUCCGGAGUGGAAGAUCAACUACCAGAAGGAUUUCGAGCGCCGUUUUAAUAUUCCACGCAUAACUGAUGUAUUCCCCGACGCCCGGCCGAUUCCUUCCACGUUUUGUCUUCGGAUGAGGACUCCGGUGUCUGAGGAAUUUGCCGGCGGUUAUCCCUCUGAUGAGGAAUGGCAUGGAUACAUCAGUAAUAGCGACAGGGUCCUUCUCAAGACUAUAAAUUUCGCAUCACCCAACUCAGCUGGAGCAGUGUGCAUUGACCCUGCCUGUACCUGGGUUGAACAAUGGGUUCACCGUGCUGGACCUCGGGAGAAGAUUUACUUCAAACCUGAGGAAGUGAAGGCUGCUAUUGUUACUUGUGGUGGAUUAUGUCCUGGCCUCAAUGAUGUCAUCAGACAGGUUGUCAUUACACUUGAAAUAUAUGGUGUUAAAAGUAUUGUGGGGAUUCCUUUUGGUUAUCGUGGAUUUUCUGACAGCGACCUUAGUGAAAUGCCACUAUCAAGGAAAGUGGUUCAGAAUAUCCAUCUUUCUGGUGGAAGUUUGUUAGGAGUUUCACGUGGAGGUCCCAGUGUCAGUGACAUCGUUGAUAGGAUGCAGGAAAAGGGAAUCAACAUGCUUUUUGUACUAGGUGGGAAUGGUACACAUGCUGGGGCCAACGCCAUACACGAAGAGCAGUGCCGUAAAAGGAAGCUGAAGGUAGCCGUAGUUGGGGUGCCAAAGACCAUAGAUAAUGACAUUUUAUUGAUGGAUAAAACUUUUGGAUUUGAUACUGCUGUAGAGGAAGCACAAAGAGCAAUUAAUUCUGCCUACAUUGAGGCUCACAGUGCUUAUCAUGGAGUUGGAAUUGUGAAAUUAAUGGGACGUGAUAGUGGUUUUAUAGCUAUGCAUGCAUCCCUUGCUAGUGGACAGAUUGAUAUUUGCUUGAUACCAGAGGUACCAUUUGAAUUACAUGGACCUCAUGGUGUCUUGACACAUCUCAAAUACUUGAUUGAGACAAAGGGAUCAGCUGUGGUCUGUGUGGCAGAGGGAGCCGGACAGAACUUGCUUCAGAAAACCAACGCUAAGGAUGCCUCUGGAAACAUUGUACUAGGUGACAUUGGUGUACAUAUCCAACAAGAGACGAAGAAGUAUUUUAGGGAGAUUGGCGUUCAUGCCGAUGUUAAGUAUAUAGAUCCAACAUACAUGAUUCGUGCAUGUCGUGCAAAUGCCUCAGACGGAAUUCUAUGCGCUGUUCUUGGACAAAAUGCUGUCCAUGGCGCAUUUGCAGGAUACAGUGGGAUCACAGUAGGCAUAUGCAACAACCAUCUGAUUUAUGUGGGGUCCUGUACUUGA